GCAGGAUCUUCUCUAGAUGUGUGUUGUAUUUUUGCAGACUCCUGGCAGAUGAAGUGCCAGGAGCUGAAGAGGGCUGUGUGGAAGAUGACAAAUGCUGCAACGGUCAGAUUCAGAUUUGCUGUCUGGGAUUAACGCAUCUAAACUUCCAAAAUGCUGCAGCUUCGGUUUGUGAAGGGAGGCCUGAGCUUCCUAGGUGUUAAGAAAAUUUCUGUGCUGAAUGCUGCCUUUCAGAGUACCCAAAAGGUGGAGUACAAGCCAAUCAAAAAAGUCCUGGUGGCCAAUAGAGGUGAAAUUGCUACUAGAGUGUUUCGAGCAUGCACAGAGCUGGGAAUAAGAACCGUGGCGGUUUACUCUGAGCAGGAUACAGGUCAGAUACACAGACAGAAAGCAGACGAAGCCUACCUUAUUGGAAAAGGUUUACCUCCUGUCCAGGCAUAUUUAAAUAUUCCAGACAUCAUAAAAGUUGCAAAGGAGAAUGAAGUUGACGCUGUUCAUCCAGGUUAUGGUUUCCUGUCAGAGCGUUCAGACUUUGCCCAGGCCUGCAUUGAUGCUGAUGUUAGAUUCAUUGGCCCUUCUCCAGAGGUGGUACGCAAGAUGGGUGACAAAGUGGAGGCUCGCGGCAUAGCAAUCAGUGCUGGGGUACCAGUUGUUCCUGGUACAGACUCUCCAAUCAGCUGCUUAACAGAAGCCAAGGAAUUCUCAAACACAUACGGGUUCCCUAUCAUAUUUAAGGCAGCAUAUGGAGGUGGUGGUCGAGGCAUGAGAGUUGUGAGGAGUUAUGAGGAGCUGGAAGAGAAUUAUACCAGAGCAUAUUCUGAGGCCCUAUCUGCUUUUGGGAAUGGAUCUCUGUUUGUGGAAAAGUUCAUUGAGAGACCACGUCACAUAGAAGUUCAGAUACUAGGUGAUAAAUAUGGUAAUGUGAUACAUUUGUAUGAACGAGAUUGUUCUAUCCAGAGAAGACAUCAGAAGGUGGUGGAGAUCGCUCCUGCUGCACAGCUAGAUCCGCAGCUCCGAGAUAGGUUGACACAUGACUCUGUUAAGUUGGCAAAGCAGGUUGGUUAUGAGAAUGCUGGUACAGUGGAAUUCCUGGUGGAUAAACAUGGCAAACAUUAUUUUAUAGAGGUGAACUCUAGGCUGCAGGUGGAGCAUACUGUGACAGAAGAGAUCACAGAUGUUGACCUUGUUCAUGCACAAAUUCAUGUAGCCGAGGGCAAGAGUUUGCCGGAUCUUGGCCUCAAACAAGAAAACAUCAGAAUAAAUGGUUGUGCCAUUCAAUGCAGAGUUACUACUGAAGACCCAGCCCGUGGAUUUCAACCUGAUACUGGCCGCAUUGAGGUUUUCCGAAGCGGUGAGGGAAUGGGUAUCAGACUGGACAGUGCAUCAGCUUUCCAGGGAGCUGUCAUUUCUCCGCACUAUGAUUCCCUUCUAGUCAAGGUUAUUGCUCAUGGAAAGGACCAGCAAGUAGCCGCUACCAAGAUGAGUAGAGCACUGGCAGAGUUUAGAAUCCGUGGUGUUAAGACCAAUAUCCCUUUCUUACAGAAUGUUUUGAACAAUCACCAGUUCCUUCAUGGAACUGUCGACACCCAAUUUAUUGAUGAAAACCCAGACCUUUUCAAUCUUAGACCUGUACAGAACCGUGCUCAGAAGUUACUCCAUUACCUGGGUCAUGUGAUGGUAAAUGGACCAACAACUCCCAUACCUGUUAAGGCAAAGCCAUCUUCUAUAGACCCAGCCAUUCCACUUGUUCCUCUUGGUGAUCCACCUGCUGGUUUACGAGACAUCCUUCUCCGUGAAGGUCCACAAGGUUUUGCACAGGCAGUACGUAAACACCGUGGUUUAUUGCUCAUGGACACCACUUUUCGAGAUGCUCAUCAGUCCCUCCUUGCCACUCGUGUACGCACCCAUGACCUUAAGAAGAUUUCUCCAUUUGUCUCACAUAACUUCAGCAAUCUGUUCAGUCUGGAGAACUGGGGAGGUGCAACUUUUGAUGUUGCAAUGCGUUUCUUGUAUGAGUGCCCAUGGAGACGUCUUCAAGAGUUGAGAGAGCUUAUUCCUAACAUCCCUUUCCAAAUGCUUCUCAGAGGGGCGAAUGCUGUAGGUUAUACAAACUACCCUGAUAAUGCAGUCUUCAAGUUUUGUGAAGUUGCAAAAGAGAAUGGAAUGGAUAUAUUCAGGGUUUUUGAUUCUCUUAACUACUUACCAAACAUGAUCCUGGGGAUGGAAGCUGCUGGCCAGGCUGGUGGUGUGGUAGAGGCUGCUAUUUCCUAUACCGGUGAUGUAGCUGACCCCACUCGAACAAAAUACACUUUGGAUUAUUAUGUGAAUCUUGCUGAGGAACUGGUUAAAGCCGGGACGCACAUCUUGUGUAUCAAGGACAUGGCUGGACUUCUGAAACCUAAAUCCUCAGAAAUGCUGAUCCGUGCUUUGAGAGACAAGUUUCCAGAUAUUCCUAUCCAUGUACACACCCAUGACACUGCUGGGGCUGGUGUUGCUUCCAUGCUUGCAUGUGCAAAAGCAGGAGCAGACAUUGUGGAUGUGGCUGUUGACUCCAUGUCUGGGAUGACCUCUCAACCUAGUAUGGGUGCUUUGGUGGCAUGUGCCAUGGGCACCGACCAAGAUACAGGAAUCCAGCUAGACAAAGUGUUUGAUUACAGUGAGUACUGGGAGGUUGCCCGUGGACUCUAUGCUGCCUUUGACUGCACAGCAACCAUGAAGUCUGGAAAUUCUGAUGUAUAUGAGAAUGAGAUCCCUGGUGGCCAGUAUACCAACCUUCAUUUUCAAGCUCAUAGCAUGGGGCUAGGAAAUAAGUUUAAAGAAGUUAAGAAGGCUUAUGCUGAAGCAAACAAACUUCUGGGAGACGUUAUCAAGGUUACACCCUCUUCUAAAAUUGUUGGAGAUCUGGCUCAGUUUAUGGUUCACAAUGGUCUGACACGUGAGGAGGUAGAGAAUAUGGCGGAUGAGCUAUCCUUCCCAUUGUCUGUGGUGGAGUACUUGCAGGGCUAUGUCGGUAUUCCUUAUGGUGGAUUUCCAGAGCCUUUACGUUCCAAGGUUCUGAAGGACCUCCCACGUAUUGAAGGGAGGCCAGGGGCUUCACUUCCACCCAUGGACUUUAUCAAGCUGGAGGAAGGACUGAGGAGUAAAUAUGAUGACAUAACACCUGAAGAUAUCAUGUCAGCUGCUAUGUACCCUAAGGUUUUCGAGGAGUAUAAGGAUUUCAGUACACAAUUUGGCCCUGUUGAGUGUCUAAACACACGUCUUUUUCUUGAAGGUCCCAAGAUUGCAGAAGAAUUUGAGGUGGAGUUGGAAAGAGGAAAAACCCUUCAUAUUAAAGCUCUCGCACUGGGAGAUCUUAACAAGGCUGGUCAGAGAGAAGUUUUCUUUGAGCUCAAUGGUCAACUCAGAUCACUCCUUGUCAAAGAUACACAGGCCAUGAAGGAGAUGCAUUUCCACCCAAAAGCCCUAAAAGAUGUAAAGGGCCAAAUUGGUGCCCCCAUGCCUGGAAAGGUCAUUGACAUCAAGGUGAAAGAAGGAGCCCAGAUAGAGAAGGGUCAGCCACUCUGUGUACUUAGUGCCAUGAAGAUGGAGACCUUGGUCAACUCUCCAGUUUCUGGAACAGUCAAGAAAAUAUAUAUCAAGCCUGACAUGCACCUUGAAGGAGAAGACCUUAUACUGGAAAUUGAAUAAUGGAGACGCAAAACACUGGAACUAUUUUUUUGCGGGUUGGGUGAUGCUAAAUAGUUGGUAUGGCUAUCUUCUUCAUUCCUCUUGAACAUGGGAGAGGGUUUACACAUUAUCAUGCUUGAGGACCUGUGUUCUGGUUUUCAUCAACACUCAAUGGUAGAGAUAUUAACAUAUAUGUAUUUAGGGACCUGAUGAAAUUGUUGGAUCAUUAACCUUUUAGUCUGAUGAUACAGAAAAACUGAACACUAACUGCCACUGUUGCUGAAUAUUUUUUUUUUUUUUUGCUUAUGAAAAUUUACAUGAGGAUGGAUGGUGGUGUUUGGGACAAAAUAUAUCUAGUGUAUUUUUUGAUGUCACAAGCCCAUUUUUACUCUAGAAUAAUAAUCAUGGAUUCAUUUAUAUUAAUGUGUUUGCAGCCAUUUAACAUUAUCAGUGUUAGCUAUAUCAAGUUAUAAAUAAAGCUGCCCCAUCUAGAGUA